ACUGACCCUGAUUGUCCACCAAGGCAAAGGGGCUCCGCGGUGAUGUCACACGACAUCACUGCUGACCUUUAACCUGAAGAUGGCGGCGCCCGUUGUAAAGAGGGUGAUGAGGUUUCCAGUUUUUAAACUCGGGGUUGGAUCUUUCCGCGUCGAAUCUAGCCUGGCACCAAAGGUCGCUAACCGAGUCUUCUCUGGAAUCCAGCCGACUGGGGUCCCUCACCUAGGAAACUAUCUUGGAGCAAUAGAGAGCUGGGUGAAGCUGCAGGAUGAAUACAGCUCCAUUCUAUACAGUAUUGUGGACCUGCACUCCAUCACUGUUCCUCAAGACUCUGGCAAACUCAGGCAAAACAUUCUCGAAAUGACAGCCAGUCUCCUGGCAUGUGGUAUUAACCCUGAGCAAUCAGUCCUAUUUCAACAAUCCAAGGUCUCUGAACACACAGAAUUAGCUUGGAUUCUGAGUUGUCUGACGAGUAUGCCAAGGUUACGUCAUUUACCUCAAUGGAAGAUGAAAAGCUCUGGUCAGAAGGAAGAGGGCAGUUUGGGACUGUUCACUUACCCAGUUCUGCAGUCCGCAGAUAUUCUGUUAUACAAGUCAACCCAUGUACCUGUUGGAGAGGAUCAGAUACAACAUCUGGAGUUGACACAGGAUGUCGCCCGAAUUUUCAACAACCAUUAUGGCCAUCUCUUUCCUAUACCAAAAGCUAUUCUAAGUGAAACUAAAAAAAUUAAAUCAUUGAGGAACCCUACUGCAAAGAUGUCAAAGUCAGACACUCAAACGUUAGCAACUGUGAGUAUCACAGAUUCACCAGAGGAUAUACUACUGAAGUUUCGCAAAGCAGUAACAGACUUCACCUCUGAAGUGACGUAUGAUCCAGAGACACGCCCAGGAGUAUCAAAUCUGGUAACAGUGCAUGCAGCAGUGACUGGACUGACUGUUGAGGAAGUAGUGCAUCAAAGCAAAGGAUUGGACACUGCACGCUACAAGUAUGUGGUGGCUGAGACAGUCAUUGAAAAAUUUGCACCAAUAAAGAAUGAAAUUGAGAGACUUAAAGCUGAGAAAGGUUUCCUGGAGCAAGUCUUAAACUGUGGAGCUGAAAAGGCAAAAGAAUUAGCAGGCCCCAUCUACCAUGAAAUCCGGAAACUGGUUGGUUUUAGUUAACUCUGUAUCAAUAAUAAACUGUAGUUACUGGUUUACCUUAGCAUUUUGAUAAAAUCUGUUUGAAUUGAAACCCUGUGGAAGAGUUAAUCAUGACGUACAUAAAGGGUAGUCAGUGAUUAUUUAUGACAUAUGCAUAUUAAGAUCUGCGCAAGUUAUUACUAAAUUUAGAAAAGUCUGUUAAUGAUAGCUGGUAUAAUUCUGAGAUCAUAAUUUAUUUUAAAUCCUAUGAAAAUAAGGGGCUUGCCCAAAAGCAUAUUAAUUGGGAGUGAAAAUUAGAUUUUUUAACAUGGCUUGUCAAAGCCAAACUAGAUCCAAGCCAGUUCCCAAAGAAAAUGAAAUGUGUAUAACCAUUAAAUAAUUACAAGCAUACUGCAUUAUAAGAAACAGAGGCAAGUUUGGCCACUCACCCAUCGAGCUUACUGUGCCAUUUGGUACGAUCGAGACUGAAUAUCAAUUUCUAUUCCCUAUGAAUCCUUCGCCCAUAAAUUCCUUUGUCCUCAGAUUUGUUUGGUAUCCAAAAUUCUACUACUAUGGUCAAUCUAUAAUUCUUUGUCUUAAUUAUGCUUAACAAUUUAGCAUCCAUACCCUUGACUUUGAGACACGGAAUUCCAAAGAUAACAUUUUUACUGGCUUUUUAUUUUGAGAUUGUGACCACAAAUUUGAGUCUCUCCAGCCAGGAAACACCUCAACAUCUACCCUCUCAAACCCUCUAAGGAUUGUAUAUGUUUCGAUGAGAUUGCUUCUCACUCUUCUGAACUCUCGAGAACAUAGGCCCACUCCACUCAAUCUUUCCUCAUAGAACAGCCCUUUCAUCUCAAGAAUCAACCUCGUGAAUCUUAACUACACCCAUUCUAAGUCAUCUGUAACCUUCUUUGAACAAGAAGACUAAAACAGUAUGUAGUGUUCCAGUUGUAAUUUCUCCAAAGCUUUAUGUGUUACAACAAGAUUUAUUUGGUGUUACACAGCAGCCUCCUUUUAAUAAAGGCUAACAUGCAGUGCAACUUAUAAUUGGUUCAUGUUACAUUGAUGCAUUUUUGUGAUUUAUUUGCAAGGAUCCCAAAUCUCUGAGUGCCAACAAUCAUCUUUUUCAUUCCUCCUGUCAUUACAGACUUCCCUGCACUCUGCAUUUUUUCUCCCCAGUUGCAUUAGAACUGAUGUUCCAGUGAAAAAUACAAUGGCCUAACAAACUGUGUCUACUAUUUCCUGGGUUGGGGAGGAAAAGUUUCGUUUUUUUUAACCUAGGUUGGAUUUGCUCCUAGAUUCCAAGAGGAUAAAGGUUUUACCACCAAGUUGGUUAAAUAAUGUCUCUGAACCUCUUGCGUAAGAGAAUGCAACUUGUGAUUAAUUUGCCUGUAUUUCCUUGGUUUAUACUGUGACAUUGGGAGGUGACGUGGAUUUGAGCCUUGGCAUGGAGAAAGGGAAACUUUGAGGAACCUACCCUGGAAUACUCCUCUAUACUUCCUGCCUGCCAACUUAAACCCACAGAGGACUAGGAAUAAAUUGCCUGCUCUCAGAUGGAAAUGGAGAUGAACCUAAAAUAAGUGGAAAAUCAUAAUGAAAGUUUAACAUUUCUCUAAGACCAAUUCCACUUUGUCAGCAAAAUGAAUAAUUAUUGUUGCUAAAUGUGCGCAGUUUCAUUAAAAAUCAGAAGUAUUUGCAAUGAAAACAGUAAAAUCCAAACACUUACAAUGUAUUAUUAACAUGCUUAUGCUUUAAAUACUGUAUUAAGUCCAAUACUGGCCUAAUUUCUCUAUUGAUUAAAAUGAAAGCAUGAGGAGUUCAA